AUGGAGGUUUUUGGGAAAGGACAGGUUCCUCAUGUAAUGUCUUUGGUUUGGACAACUGUAGCCUGUUGCUGGCUUGAUUUUCCAGUGUCUUCUCUCUACUCAAAUGUUAUACGUUCUGUUUCUUUAGCUGUUACUCCUAUUGCUGCUGCUAUAGUCUUUCAUGAUCUGAUGAAUGGAUUGAAGAUAAUUUCUAUGCUUUUGGCUCGAUGGGUUUUGCCUCUUAUAUCUAUGAGAAUUAUCUUGAUGAUUCAGAAGGCAAUAAAUGCACAAACUGUAGCCAACCUCAGAAUAAUUUCUGCUUGUUGA